AUGAUUGUGAUGAAAAUCGAGAACGCACAAACAUUUCAGUGGCAAAGUCAACUGGGGCAUAAAUGGAAUGGGACAAGAGAAGACUGUUUUGCUAAUAUUUGUGAUGCUACGUUUAGAUAUUCUUAUGAAUAUUUGGAAAAUACGCCAAGAUUAGUGAUUACACCUUUAACUGACAGUUGCUAUAUCACUUUACUUCACUUUACUAUGGGUAGAGUACCAGCAAGACCUGCUGGUACUGGAAAAACGAAAACAACAAAGGAUCUCGAAAAAACUCUUGGUAAAGAUGGUCUACGUGGUGAACUGUUCUGA